UUGUGGGAUGUUCAUUACUCCUCCAACCUCAUUUGGUUGAUUCAUUCUGACAUAGAAAGCUUAAUUCUGAGCUUAAUCUUCAUGAACAUGGUUUGGCUCCUCUUAUUACUCCUUUAUAUCUCAGAAGGGAGCUCAGGACAUGAGGUAGUGAAAGUUGGAGCUAUAUUUUCACUUGCUUCUGUCAAUGGGAAAGUGUCCAAGAUAGCCAUAGAGGCUGCUGAGAGAGAUGUGAAUGCUGAUCCAAGUGUUCUUGGUGGAAGGAAGCUAUCCAUAUCUAUUCAUGAUGCUAAUUACAGUGGUUUUCUUGGUAUCACAGGAGCAAUGAAGUACAUGACGUCUGGCACAGUUGCCAUCAUCGGUCCUCAAGAUGCUACAAUGGCACAGAUACUCUCACAUCUUUCAAAUGAACUCCAUGUCCCAUUAUUAUCAUACACAGCCUUGGACCCAGCACUUGCUACUCUGCAGUAUCCAUACUUCAUUCAAACAGCUCCAAAUGAUCAGUUCCAAAUGGCUGCAAUUACAGACAUUAUCGGUUAUUAUGAUUGGCACGACAUAGUCGUCGUUUACACCGACGAUGAUCACUGUCGAAACGGUAUGGUUGCAUUAGGAGAUAAACUAGAAGAGAGAAGCUUAAAAAUUUCCUCUAAAGUGGCACUUCCCCCUUACCCAACAGCAACUAGAACAGAAGUUCGAGAUGCACUUCUAAAGAUAAAAACGAUGGAAUCUCGAGUGAUCGUAUUGUACACGUUCUCGAAAACAGGUUUCUUGGUUUUUGAAGUGGCUCAAAGCCUUGGAAUGAUGGAGGCUGGAUUUGUUUGGAUAGCUUCUAGUUGGUUGUCAACAGUAAUAGAUUCUUAUUCACCACUUCCCUUGAAAACUACCAACUCCAUCCAAGGAGUUCUUACGCUUCGACUGCACACACCGAGUUCUAAAAGGAAGCGAUCUUUUAUAUCUCGUUGGAACGAGCUGAGUAAUGGCUCGGUUGGGUUGAAUGCAUACAGCCUAUAUGCAUAUGAUACUGUUUGGAUGAUUGCAAAAGGAUUAAAAGAGUUAUUUGAUCAAAAUGGCACCAUUUCCUUCUCCAAAGAUGAACGUGUUGGUAGUCUUAGUGGAGAGAGCUUGGAUUUUAGCUCACUAGGAAUCUUUAAUGAAGGAAAGGAACUGCUUAACAAUGUAUUGAACAUCAACAUGACUGGUCUGACAGGGCCUAUUCAGUUUCUAGAUAGAUAUCCUUUACAUCCUUCAUAUGAUAUCUUAAAUGUUGUGAAAUCUGGUAUGAAGAGAAUUGGGUAUUGGUCCAACUAUUCCGGGUUAUCUAUCGUGACACCAGAAACGUUGUAUGAACGAUCAGCCAAUCGUUCUACAUCGUCCCAACAGUUAAGCAGUAUAGUGUGGCCUGGGGGAUCAAGAAUAAAGCCUCGUGGUUGGGUUCUACCACUCGAUGGAAGGCGGUUAAGAAUUGGCGUUCCACAUAGAGUUAGUUAUCAGGAAUUUGUGACACCGGGUAAUGGUAAUGGCACAAUCAGAGGAUACUGCAUAGAUGUGUUCACUGCUGCCAUAAACUUGCUUCCAUAUGCAGUGAAUUAUGAGUUUGUUUUGUUUGGAGAUGGUGAGAAGAAUCCUAGCUACUUUGAGCUUGUAAAUAAUGUUGCAUUGGAAGAAUUUGAUGCUGCUGUCGGUGACAUUGCCAUUGUGACUAGUCGGACAAAGGUUGUCGACUUUACACAGCCUUAUAUCGACUCGGGGUUGGUCGUUAUGAUCCUUGUCAAGAAGUUGAAUUCAAGUCCUUUGGCAUUCCUUCGCCCAUUCACACCAAUGAUGUGGAUUGCCACAGCAGCCUUUUUCCUCCUCAUUGGAUUAGUCGUGUGGAUUUUGGAACAUCGAAAAAACGAUGAAUUCCGCGGAAAUCCCAGGACGCAACUUGUCACGAUCCUCUGGUUUGGCUUCUCUACAAUGUUUUUUUCACAUAGAGAAAACGUUGUGAGCACGCUCGGACGUUGUGUGCUUGUCGUCUGGCUUUUCGUGGUUCUAAUUAUCAACUCGAGCUACACCGCUAGUCUAACAUCCAUAUUCACAGUACAACAACUAUCCUCACCUAUCACAGGAAUUGAUUCAUUGAUAUCUAGCCAUGUACCUAUAGGAUUCCAAGUUGGUUCAUUUGCUGAAAGUUACUUAACUGAGCAACUUAACGUCCAAAAGUCUAGGCUAAUUGCUCUUGGAUCCCCAAAGGAGUAUGCUGCUGCCCUAAAAAACGGAACGGUCGGAGCUAUUGUCGACGAACAACCAUACAUCGACCUCUUUCUCACAGAGUACUGCGAUUUUUCAAUUAGGGGCCAACAGUUCACCAAAAGUGGAUGGGGAUUUGCAUUUCCACGAGACUCUCCAUUAGCAGUCGACUUAUCGACCGCCAUACUAACUCUAUCAGAGAGCGGCCGCCUUCAAAAGCUUCACGAUAAGUGGUUCUCAAGAAAGUCUUGCAGUUCUGGAGAAUCCGAUUUAGAACAGCUUCAGUUACAGAGUUUCAUCGGUCUGUUCUCCAUUUGUGCCGGCGUAUGUUUACUCGCUCUUCUGCUUCACUUUUUCUUGACGAUGUGCCAAUUCAACCGCCAGUUGAAACGAGAUCCAGAAUCUUCGCCGUCGGCCAGCGGCAGUUCUACUUCUACCCCUACGCGUCUGCGGAAAUUCUUGGCGUUUGCAGACAAAAAGAAGAAUCGAAAGACGAGAUAUUCGAAAUCAAAGAUCGAAGAUAAUAAUACAUUCUCGAGUGAACAUCGAGAGGAUUUUGUAAAUUGAAUUCCAUGGAAUCAAUCAAGGCUUCAACCAACGUUUUCUGUUCUGUUGUGUGGUUCUUAGU